UGGUAACGCUCACAUUCACCUGUGCAGGCGACGAUUCCCCAGUCUUAGUCAGUGAACCAAGCGUUGCCUACAAAAAUUGUGUUGUAAUACAAUGGCAGCUUGCAGUUAUUUGAUAAAUAUUUUCGCGUUAUGCGUAAGUUUCGCGUUCAUCUCUUGCGUGCAAGUAGAAGACCCAUGCAAGAUAAAGUCACGUGUGGCAGCAGAUGAUAAGUACUGUGACAAAUACUGGGAGUGUGAUGGUGGUCAGGCGGUGCAGUACGACUGCCCUAACGGCCUGGUCUUCGCGGGGAAACACAGAGGUGUGACUGAAGGAUGUGACUACCCCUGGAGAUCUAACUACUGCGAAUAUCCUAAAGUGCAAAUAAAUCCACCGAACGGCGUGGAGCAUUGUGAUUGGCUGUAUGGCAUAUUCGGGCACGAAACCUCCUGCACCAGAUACUGGACUUGCUGGAACGGAACAGCGACUGAACAACUCUGUAUUGGUGGUCUCUUGUACAAUGAGAACGCUCACUCUUGCGACUGGCCGGAGAAUGUAGACGGAUGUCAAAAACAUCCCCUCUGUAAUGAAGAUCCUAAUGGCAACGUUCCUCUUGGCAAGUCCUGCAACAGGUACUGGCAGUGCCAGGGGGGAUACCCUCGUCUCCAGAGGUGUCCUGCAAUGUUGGUCUUCGAUAGACGCUCGUUGAGAUGCGUGGUACCUCCUACAGAGGAGUGUGAUGUACCCACUACCACUCCACCACCACCGGAAGAGGUCCAGGAGGAAAGACAGCAAGUGCCCCACAAAUCCCACCGACCGAGCCAAGAGUACCAAGAUCCCCAAGGGCGUUCUCGACCUCGGAACUAGGAUAUGUAUUGUUAUGUCAAAUAAGUAUACCCCACAUUGUAUGAACUCACUCACGCGCAGUUGAAAUACUCGUCGUCGUUAAAUCUACUCGCCAAUUCACGUGUCACUAAAACAGGUUGGUAACAACGUUUCAGAAAAAAUAUUACCGAAACAAUUUCACGAAAGAAAAUUUCAUUUAGAAUGUGAGAGUUUAGGGAAGCCUAGUAAAGUUUCAAAAGUAUAUUUUAUGUAUUCAUUUUGAUUUCGUGACUUCGCUUGUGUAAACUCAACAUAAAUUUUAUUAGAAUUUGUGAAGCAUAUUUUCGUAAAACAAACUUCACAGUAAUUAAUGGUUGCUUUUAAUAAGUAGGUUCCAAAGUUUCGUCCUUAGUUGUCAUGGAUUAAAUUUCGUAGUAAGACUUUACUAGCUACAGCUAAACAUAAGUUAGACCGUAAUUACAUAUUUGACUCAUUAAAAGAGGCGCUUAAUUAGGAGUUCCAUUAGAUUUAGGAUUAAAUUUGUCUGAUACUUCAAAGAAAUACUCAAUGUUCUCCAGUGUAUGUAGAUUAAUAAGUUAAAAUAGUA